AUGCUCUCGAGACGAGCCCUGAUUUUGGCCGCAGCCUCCGCUCGAUCCUUUGCCCGCCCCCGACCUCAACCUCAAAUUCAAGCUCAAUUCCGCCUCCCUCGCGCCCAGUUCUCUGUUGCAAGAUGUCUCAAGGCUGCUGGAGAAGAGAUAGACGAUCCUGAAAUGAACAACAACUACAUUAACCCACCUCGAAUCAAGCGACAACACCGUGACCCUUAUGCCGAUUGGGACGACAAGCAAGAACGGCGCAACUUUGGCGAACCCGUCCACGAAGACAAUGAUGUUCUCGGCAUCUUCGCCUUGGAGGAUUAUACAUUCAUGUCCAGUUCACGAGGCCUCCUGAUGUGGGCAGGCUUCAUCACUUGCGUGCUGGGGGUGUAUUAUGGCGUCGCAUACACAUAUCCCGGCAAACCGAGUGCCCCACGGGAACUUGAAGGAGGACUAUUUGAGGAGCUUGGAGGCCCAGGAGCUGUUAGGGCACAUAUGGCUGGAGAUUCGGUCGACGGCGAACAAGUCAGUGGCGAUCUCGAACCAGACCCGCAGAUAUCUCGGGACGUCAAGCUGAACCAAAAUUGA